AGGCGUUUUAUGAUUACCUAGGAGCAAGCCAAUGAGGCACCAACCCGGAUCUGCUCCCUAGGCAUAAGACAAGAAAGAACCACACAGUCUCUCUUUGGAUGCCCUUUGGAGGCUGCGGCCAUUCCGGACUCUCCACUCCAGAAGGGCUGUAGGGAAGGUGUUCAGGUAGAUCUAGUCCUGGCUGGUGAACACCGAGAUUCCAAGUUGCAGACGUCUCCCCAUGGCUCCAUAUCACAUCCGCAAGUACCAGGAGCGUGACCACAAAAGGGUCCUGGAGUUGUUUAUCAGUGGCAUGGAAGGGAACAUCCCUGCCACCUUCCGCCACAUGUUGACCUGGCCGCAAAGCCGCCUGCUCUUAGGUGGGGUGCCUCUUGCCAUGCUCUUGGUCUCUGGAUCAUGGCUUCUGGCCAUUGUCUGCUGCUUCACCCUGCUCCUGUUCCUCUGGCUGUAUGCCAGAUAUCCCUGGAAAACACAUGUGGCUAAAUGUUUGCACACGGACAUGGCCGAUAUCUCCAAACACUACCUGAGCACACCUGGCUCUUGCUUCUGGGUGGCUGAGUGUGGGGGGCAGGUGGUGGGCAUGGUGGCUGCCCAGCCUCUCAAAGAUCCCCCCUUGGGGAAGAAGCAGUUGGUGCUGUUUCGUCUCACCGUGGCCAUAGAGCACCGAGGAGAAGGGAUAGCAAAAGCCCUGGUCAGGAGUCUUCUCCAAUUUGCCCGGGACCAGGGCUACAAUGAAGUUGUCCUUGAGACCAGUGUAGUGCAGCAAGGUGCCCUGGCCUUAUACCAGCAUAUGGGCUUUCGGAUGAUUCGCAAAGGUUGUUGGGACCUGACCCCAUGGCCAAUGGCUCUUCAUACAAUUCAUUUAAUGUACCACAUUUCUUCUCAGGAAAAGGGGCUAUAAAUCAUACGCAUGUUAUAUACAUUCAUAUAUGUAAUAUAUUGUAUAUAUAUGUGUAUAUGUCCAGUUGAUCCUACCAUGGUAACACUGUUUCUGAUAUUUCAGUAGUAUAAUUCACUGAAUGUCAUUUUUGUGCA